ACCGCCUCGAGUUUUCUUCGUCUCCCCGCGAUCCCUUUCUCUUUACUCUCCUCCAUCUCCCCCCCUUCACUUCCAACCAUUAAAGCUUCCAAUUUCAAACCCUAGAUCUCUUCCUUCGCCUCCUCAAGGUGUUUUUUUUUUAAGGUGUGAUCCGAUGGAUUCGGCGUCGAGUCAGCCGGAGUUUGAUUACUUGUUCAAGUUGCUGUUGAUUGGGGAUUCGGGCGUGGGGAAGAGUAGUUUGCUGCUGAGAUUCACCUCGGAUUCUUUCGAAGAUCUCUCGCCCACCAUCGGUGUUGAUUUUAAGGUAAAGAUGGUUACAAUGGGGUGCAAAAGACUAAAACUAGCAAUCUGGGAUACAGCUGGGCAGGAGAGGUUCAGAACCUUGACAAGUUCAUACUACAGAGGAGCACAAGGCGUCAUAAUGGUUUAUGAUGUCACACGAAGGGACACAUUUACAAAUCUUUCUGAUGUAUGGGCUAAAGAGAUAGAUUUGUAUUCAACUAAUCAAGACUGCAUCAAGAUGCUGGUCGGGAACAAAGUUGAUAAGGAAAGUGAGAGAGUUGUUACUAAGAAAGAGGGCAUCGACUUUGCGAGGCAAUAUGGAUGUUUGUUUCUAGAAUGCAGUGCAAAAACACGAGUGAACGUGGAGCAAUGCUUUGAAGAGCUCGUCUUGAAGAUCUUGGACACGCCGAGUCUCUUGGCGGAGGGAUCUUCAGGGUUGAAGAAGAAUAUAUUUAAACAGAAGCCGCCGGCAGCUGCCGAUGCGUCAACUAGUAGCUGCUGUUGAUUCAUGUUUGUUGUUCACCUUGAUAUGGCAAAUUUGGUGGUAAUUCUCAGGGCUGCAUUGAUAGGCUGUUGCUGAUACAGCAGUGUUUGGGGUGGUAAACCCUUGUUUUCCUUUUUUUCAUUUCGUGUACACUAUUCACAUGAGAACAGUACUCAUUGCAUCAAGGA